CUCCCCGUCAACCAAUUGCACGUUGAGGACAGGACGAACCGCCUCGCAGUGUGCGGCUGGCAGCAGGCAGUCGCUUGCGCUUUCGCCAGCGGAGGAUUCGCGAGGGGAGCAAGGGCGGCGUCGCUUGCACAAUGCCGAAUAAAACGAAAAAAGACAAGGAUUCAUCUAAAUCUGGCAAAGUGGGCAAGAGUGGAGGAGGGCAGGAGAAUUCGCAACAUGAGCAGGGCUCCAACAGGAAGACCGGCAACAGCAUCCCGCCGACCACCCAGCUUCUCAAAGGCAAGCAGCCCGGCUCGCAGACCCCCAUCAAGAAGGACAAGCGGCAGAGUUCUUCUCGCUUUAGCUUGAGCAACAACCGGGAGCUGCAGAAGCUGCCAGCCUUCAAAGAUGUGCCCCCCACCGAGCAGGAGAAGCUCUUCAUCCAAAAGCUGCGGCAGUGCUGCGUUCUCUUCGACUUCAUCGCGGACCCGUUGAGUGACCUGAAAUGGAAGGAGGUGAAGCGGGCGGCGCUAAGCGAGAUGGUGGAGUACAUCACGCACAACCGGAACGUCAUCACCGAGCCAAUCUACCCCGAGGUGGUCCACAUGUUUGCCGUGAACAUGUUCAGGACGUUGCCGCCAUCGUCCAACCCCACAGGUGCCGAGUUUGACCCAGAGGAGGACGAGCCCACGCUGGAGGCUGCGUGGCCGCAUCUUCAGCUCGUCUAUGAAUUCUUUCUACGCUUCUUAGAGUCGACCGACUUUCAACCCAACAUAGCCAAAAAGUACAUUGACCAGAAGUUUGUAAUGCAGCUCCUAGAAUUGUUUGACAGCGAAGACCCCAGGGAAAGAGAUUUUUUAAAAACCACCUUGCAUCGCAUCUAUGGCAAGUUCCUGGGCCUGCGAGCGUACAUUAGGAAACAAAUUAAUAACAUAUUUUAUAGAUUCAUUUAUGAGACGGAACAUCAUAACGGAAUUGCUGAACUACUGGAAAUAUUAGGCAGUAUAAUAAAUGGAUUUGCGUUACCCUUGAAAGAAGAACAUAAGAUAUUUCUACUGAAAGUUCUGCUGCCGUUACACAAAGUUAAAUCGUUGAGCGUUUACCACCCGCAGCUGGCCUACUGUGUGGUACAGUUCCUUGAAAAGGACAGCACGCUAACAGAACCGACCGUCAUGGCUUUGUUGAAGUACUGGCCGAAGACCCAUAGCCCCAAAGAAGUGAUGUUCCUCAACGAGUUGGAGGAGAUCCUGGACGUCAUCGAGCCUUCGGAGUUCGUGAAAGUCAUGGAACCGCUCUUCAGGCAGCUGGCCAAAUGCGUGUCCAGCCCGCACUUUCAGGUGGCCGAGCGGGCGCUGUACUACUGGAACAACGAGUACAUCAUGAGCUUGAUAAGCGACAAUGCCGCCAAGAUCCUGCCGAUCAUGUUCCCCGCGCUCUACCGCAACUCCAAAACCCAUUGGAACAAGACCAUCCACGGAUUGAUUUACAACGCACUGAAGCUUUUCAUGGAGAUGAACCAAAAGCUGUUUGAUGACUGCACGCAGCAGUUCAGGGCGGAGAAGAGCAAAGAGAAAGCCAAAUGGAAGGAGCGAGAAGAAGCCUGGCUCAAGAUUGAGAACCUCGCCAAGUCCAACCCGCAGUUUGUGACGUACGACCCAGUGGGCUGCGGCGGCCCGACGGAAAUGGAAACAGACGGGCCGCUGCUAGAUGACAUCGGACUGCUGAAGAAAACGGUAGCCGAGGAGGCCACACAGUUGCAGAAAGACCACCGGCGAGAGCGGCCGCUGAUGCGAAGGAAAUCGGAGCUGCCCAAGGACAUCUCAACCGUCACAGCCCUGGAGCUGCACCGGAGAGCCGAGGAGAUGCUGACCACCCACGACGGCCACUAGCGGGCAACCAAUCCCGCCAUCGUGCAGCCCGGCCUAGCACAAUGUAUCCGUUCAACCCCACCCCCAAGCUGCACCGGACACAGCGGCGCUGGGUCGUCACCCAUCACCACCUUGCUUCCGUUUUCUUCUCCCUUCCUCUCGGCUUUUGUUUCUGGGGUGUUGUGCUGUCCCCUUGUGGUCAUCUAUCUCAGGUGCUCCAUUCUGUACGUCUGUUUCUAGAUGUCAGUCGCUUUUACAACAAAACAACAAAACAAAAGUAAAAGGAAAGCAGGAUGUGUCCGGUGUAAUGUAAAAAAAAAAAAAAACAUCAUGUGGACGUUUUCUAUAUGCUUUAUAAAGUAUUUAAGGAGACCGUAAUCCCAACUUCUUUCCUGAGUUGUUUAAAAAAAUCCUUUUGUUGAGACAGGUUGUUAAGCUUCAAAUUCUUGAGUGAUGCCGCCACCACGUGACAUCAGAGUUCACCUGAUAGUCUUUGCUUCCUCCCACGUGACCCCUCACUCGUUUCCUUCACUCAGAUCCCCGCCGCCCCAACACAAUGUAGGGGCGACAAUGCUUCACACAGGAGGUAUGUUUGUUUUGUUUUAGAAGAGCUCAAGCUCGCCUUUUUUUUUCGCAGUGCCUUUUUAAAAAAAGUGGGGAAGUUUGGUCAAAUUUUAAUGUAAAGUCCUCCAAAGCACAUGCCUUGCUUAAAAGCCUCCCCUGGCCCCCCAUCACUCAAAAAGCAGGGGGUCUCUUUUAGAGGUAGGGGAGCCACUUGAAUGAACAAAGCCCUUCCUGAUUACACUUGAACGUUUAAAAACAACAACAACAAAAAUCUGAUUUUGUCAUGUCUCACACAUCGUCUAUUCUAACGAACAACCUCUUGAUUUUGUGUCCCUACUGCCCCCCCCCCCACACCCAGUCACCCACCCACUCACCAGCACCGUCAACCAUAACGCUGAAUGUGCGAACUGUAAAUACGAACACCCGUCGUCAGUAUCGUCUGGUUGCUGGAUGCCGUUCCCUACGGAAGACGGCUUUAAUAACAGCUCCUAUUCGGUGUCUCUCUCGGUUACACAUAAGCUUUAUUUUGUUUGUUUUUUUGUCUUUAAAGAAUGACUAUUUCAAGUGUCUUUUCAGUGUACGUCUCAUACUAAACUACACGUUGUUGUACAUAUGAUGUACUAUUAUUUUAUGUUACGGAUAAAUGUUUAGAGUUCAUAUUUUGUACAAAACGGCCCCUCACCCCCCGUGUACAGUAUACAGAGUAAAUAGUCAGAUCGUGGCAAAAUAUUUAGAAGCCGUGUAGAUUUUUUUUUUUUAACUGCUUAUUAUUUUCUCCCAACACGUCGCGAUCCCACGUACAUAAGCCUUUUUUGUGUUUAUCCAAAUUUUCAGUGAUGUACAUCCUAUCUAUAAACAUCAAAUAAAGAAAACAUGA